AUGGCGUUCUCAAACAACAAUUCCGACUCAGAUCACGAACAUGUUGGAAUAAUCGAAAAACACCAUCAAGGAUUCGAGAUUGGGAUCAUUCUUUGUCUUAGUGUGGCCUCUGUGGUGGGAUUUCUGGGCAAUGGGCUUGUCAUCGCUGUAAUAAUGAGGGCGAAGAAACUCAAAUCAGUAAUGAACCGCUUUAUUCUUCAUCUCGCUAUCAGUGAUAUGGUCGUUAGCGUGCUCGCAAUUCCCUUGUUUUUGUUUGUGAAUUUCAACGACAAAAUGGUCAACGACACAACAAGCCUGGCGGUUUGCAAGAUAGCGCGGUUUUUCCAGUACUUAUCUCCUGAAGCAUCCAUGACUUUGCUUAUCACCAUCGGUUGGAACCGGCACCAAGCUGUCGUGCACCCGUUGAAUAUAAUGACGUAUGGCACUGCGAAUAAGUUGAUUCUUGCCGCCUGGGUCUACGCUCUCACAGUCGUUGCUCCGAGCCUUUACUUGACAAAGCUGGCACAAACGGCAGUGGAUCCAGUCACGAACGAAAGCCUGACUUAUUGUGCUACCAUUCCCGCUACCACCCUACCGAACACCAUUUACGUCUAUUUCCUGGCUCUUUUCGGUUACCUAAUACCCCUGGUUUCGCUGAUUGUUUUGUACGGCAAAAUAUACAAGACUGUUUGGAGGCGCAAAAGCGGCCAGUUGGGCGAUUCUCGACCUGAAGAAGCUUUCAUCCGCAGCAGAAAAAAGGUGUUGAAAAUGUUCCUGACCGUUAUAAUUGUCUUUCUUGUGACUUGGCUGCCACUGUUGCUGUACAUCUCGUUUAUUGAAUCAGCCGUCAAUUCCUCGUCGAGUCAUGUGGAUUAUACUCGGUUGAUCACGUAUUCUUUGGGAUUGUGCAACAGCAUUUGUAACCCAUUCAUUUAUGCGCUUUUUAACAAGAAAUUCAGAGCUGGCUGUAAGGAUAUGUUCCACGUGAGCUUUAAAGCGUUUCAGCGAAAGAAAAGCCCCGUGGAAGCGGCGAACGGCGUUGCGCUUACUCCUGGAACAGAAGAACGGCAAAUGCGCGUUUUUGCAAGACGAGGUGGGUUCCACGGGACUAAAGGAAAUAGUAAGGCGAAUUCAGGAAAGGCCACCAACGAUAAGAAAGCAAACAAACCGGAAAAGAAAGAAACAGCGAGUUUGCCUGUUAGUCAGCUGAUAGGGAGGCGUUUCGGAAGGCUAUCGCUGCGGAGGGUUGAGGGCUUAGAUAAGGACUCCAGUGACGCUGUGAGGUUAGUAAGUUAUCAAAGGACCGUGGAUCCUGAAGAAGUCAUGCUGCACAUUCCCGAAUGGAAUAUUUCGCCGCAAACCGUGAAAUCCUCAGUAAGCUUGAACACAGAGAACUGCGUUAAGUUUGCGGACAGCGCGGAUGAAAAUGACUCGGACAAGUCCGACACACCCCCUGAGAACCGCAAAUUUACCGCGGAAUACGGAAGGUCUGCCCCGGAAAACAAAGGUGGCUAUUGUAUCCUUAUAGACGACGUCCUGACUCCUGUCGCCGAGAGGAGAACUAGAACACGUAGCGAAGGCAGCGCACCAAGGAGAACUAAGCACCUGAGGCUUCGUAGCUUGCCUGCCACAACGUGA